AUGACCGCAAUCGCGACCGCAUCAGUGAUGAACGAUCAAGAGCCUGAGAAGGAUUCUAGGGUGGACCAUAGCCCGUCGCGGUUCACGGCAGUGAAUGGAAGGGAGGGCCUUGCGGCUGGAUCCGCUACCGAUGGUAGUCCAAGCAAUGGAGACAGUCGGGAGCCUUCUGAAGCGUGGUCACGCGCUGCACUUGAUCGGACCGCGCGACAUGAAGAAGAGUUAAAAGAGACCGGGAAUACUGGUAUGAGAAUAGACGAAGAACAGUUACGGCGAUCAACUUCCCAUAGCGCUCUCAUUUCUUCUAGCAGGACAAAACGGAGAAGGUCAGACUCUGAGCAGGAGGAUUCCUCCCAAGUGUCGUAUCGUGGCCCGAAAAGCCCGGUCCGUUCCGCAGAUGGUAUUGCAGGGCAUUCUCCGCAGGCAGGUACCUCCAAUGGAAUUAUGAGUUCACAAAGCGAUACAGAGUCGAAGCAUACGUCUCCUCAAGCGCAUGCCAAGCCAGACGAGGGUGAAAACACUCGAAGGUCGUCCACAAAUGCUAGUUGGCAUGAAUAUGACGCACAGCUGCUGAAUCAGACUCAGCGGGCCCCGCAAAUAGACGCUUCGGAUGCUCAGUUGGCUGAGGCGCUACAGCGCGAAGCACAGGGACCCGAUGUCGCCCAAAAGAACUGGGAUGGUAUUAGUCGACCAGUCGUCGAAAGUUCUAUACCAAACGAGCAGGCUUCCACAUCUUUUCCUCAAGAUAGGUCGCAAAAUGCUGUGCAAGUCGCACCCAAGAGGAAGCGCGUUUUUAGCAACAGGACCAAAACCGGCUGCAUGACAUGUCGGCGGCGCAAGAAGAAAUGCGAUGAACAGCAUCCUGCCUGCAAUAACUGCCUAAGGGGUGGUUUUAUCUGCGAAGGAUAUUCAUCUCGCAGUACGUGGCAGAAACCUUCCACAACGAAAACACCGGUUCCGCUGCAAUCGAAAGAAGGAUAUUCGGACGCCGGUGCACAGUAUUUACACGACUCCAAUCAACACGAUCGGCAGCAAAGUCUAGCAGAGCCAUUUGACCCCGGGAAAAUGAGGUCAAUGGUUGCCGAUGAUGACAACCGUCCAACAACCCAGUACAACACUAGUCCUACGGGUACUGGAUCUAGUCGGGGUUCAUGGUCAAAGCGGACUUGGUCAGGCGCAAACCAGACCGGUUACAUAGCGGAUCCCCUGACAAAAUCAGACCAUCGAGAAGUUCCAUCCAUCCACGAGUUGUCUCGCGAAGGUCAUUCGAAAAGUGAAUACUCGCUUGUUCCGUCAAUCAGGGAAUUUUCACACAGUGGGCAUACAAAACCAAGCGUCCCUAUAUUCCAAGGUGGAAUGGACCAGAGGCCAGCCCAUACCACUAGCAUUGACACGAACACACCGCAAGCUCAAGCCCGCAUGGCGUUGAGUAUUGAACACCAGUUAUCUGGGCGUGCCGUUUCCACUGAGGAAACAGAAAGGGAUAAAAUGUUACGCGGUGAACUUUACAGGCCCUUUGAUGUUAUACUUGUGGAGGAAAGAGAGCGAUGUAGAGCCGCACUUUGGCGGUUCAACAAUGCCUGCAACCCUGUUUCCGGUCUUAGCGCCAAGGAGCAGAACCGUUUACUGAAGGAGAUAUUGGUACCCCAAGCGUCCAUCAAUCCAUCUUCCGGUAUUACGUCGCCAAGACCCGUAGGGUCUAUCGGACAAGGCACUGUGGUAGAAACGCCUUUUCAUUGUCACUACGGAUACAACAUCCAUAUUGGCGAGGACGUUAUGAUAUCUGAGAACUGUCUCCUAGUGGAUGAUUGUCCUGUUACCAUUGGGGCACAUACGUGGAUUGGCCCAAGAGUGACGAUUCUCACAUCGAUGGCUCAUGCGAAUAUGCAGGAACGGAAAGGUUCGCAAAGCCGCUACCAGGGCAGGCCUGUUACUAUCGAGGAAGAUUGUUAUGUCGGAGCCGGCUGUACUAUAUACCCUGGCGUCCGUCUCCGGCGCGGGGCUUAUGUCGCUCCCGGUGAAGUAGUCAAAUCCGACAUUGUCGCUUAUGGGUUUCAGGGACUAAAACCAAGCUAUAUGUGA